GCCGGCCCCCGCCCCGGCCGCAGCCCCACCGCAGGCACUUCCCCUUUGCCCGGGGGGAGGAGCGUGGGCGGCCUCAGGCAGGGCAGCCAGAGCCGCGGCAUGGACAGGCAGCGGACGGUCGUGCCCAGGCUGGUGGCUGCCUUCGAGGCGCCCAGGUCACCAGAACCCCACAGAACUCCUGGCAAGGAUCAGAUCCAUCCCCAGACCAAACACAGAGCACCUCCGCCAUUGCCACCCAUGGUGGAGGGGAGAGCUUCAACCAAGACGGGAGAGUGUGGAGCAGAGCAGGAACACCAGCCAGAGGGACAUCAGCUCCCCGCAGGGGCUCCCCAGCCACCUCAGGACAUGACAGUGAUUCCACAGCUGCCUCAGGCUCAGAAAGGGCUCAGCAUGAAGUGCCUGAGGUCCUUCCGGAACAAGAUUAUGAGGGACGGCUGGAGGAGACAGCAGAGUGUGGAUUCCCAGCCAGGCAGCGAGUUGGGCUCUGAAGGCGACAAUAACCAGGACCCAGAAGAAAAGAAAAUUGCGUUGGAGCUGCUGGAAACAGAACAAGCCUACGUCAGUCGCCUUCAUCUCCUCGACCAGGUGUUUUUUACAGAGCUGAUGAAGGAGGCCAGAAGUGGGAAGUCAGUCCCAGAGGACGUGGUAAAAAUGAUCUUCUCCAACAUCUCCUCCAUUUACCAAUUCCAUGCCCUGUUCUUUCUGCCAGAGCUGCAGAAACGCAUGGCAGAGUGGAGCUCCAACCCCCGCAUUGGGGAUGUCAUCCAGAAGCUAGCGCCUUUCCUCAAGAUGUACGGCGAGUACGUCAAGAACUUCAACAAGGCGGUGGAGCUGAUCACUACAUGGUCAGAGAAGUCCCCGCCGUUCCAGGAGCUAAUUGCAGACAUUCAGAAACAGGAAGUGUGUGCUAGCCUAACCCUGCAGCACCACAUGCUGGAGCCAGUGCAGAGGAUCCCACGCUAUGAGCUCUUGCUAAAGGAUUAUGUCCGAAAGUUGCCUCCUGAGUCACCAGAUAGGGCUGAUGCAGAGAAAGCCCUGGAAAUGAUUUUCUCUGCAGCCAAACACUCAAAUGCAGCCAUUGCGGAAAUGGAACGUCUCCAAAAUCUCUGGGAGGUGUAUCAGAGACUAGGACUAGAAGAUGAUAUUGUUGAUCCUUCCAAUGAGCUCAUUAAAGAGGGGCCCAUCCAAAAAAUCUCCUUCCGUAAUAACACCACGUCGGACAAGUAUCUCUUCCUGUUCAACAACAUGUUGCUGUACUGCGUGCAGAAGGUCAUCCAGGUUGGGGCUGAAUUCCAGGUACACGUGCGGCUCGACGUGGACGGCAUGAAGAUCCGGGCACUGAACGAUGCAGAAUUCCCCCACACCUUUCUGGUCUCUGGGAAGCAGCGGACGCUGGAAUUGCAAGCCAGGUCACAAGAGGAGAUGAAUGCCUGGAUAAAGGCCUUCCAGGACACCAUUGACAAGAAUGAAAAGCGGAGUGAGAGCUUCAAGACGGGACUUUACAGACUCGCCGUGAAGGCCCAGGACUUAAGUUACAAGACGGAGGAGCUGGGCCUGCGAGCCCCGCAGUGGGUGCGGGACAAGCUGGUGACCAUGUGCAUGCGCUGCAAGGAGCCGUUCAACGCUAUCACACGCAGGAGGCACCACUGCCGGGCCUGUGGCUAUGUGGUGUGUGGCCGAUGCUCUGACUACAGAGCUGAGCUGCAGUAUGACCCGAAUCGCCUCCAUCGCGUCUGCCAGGAGUGUUACAUCUUUCUGACAGGGCACGUGCUGCCUGAGGCGCGGGAGGGGAAGCAGAAGGGCAUCCUGGAGAAAGAAUCUGCAGAAAUCUCUGGGCGCAGCCUGAUGUGCAGCUUUUUGCAGCUGAUGGACAAGAGUGGGAGGGGCAUGCGAGGCUGGUUUGUGAUUCCACAGGAUGACCCCCUUGUGCUGUACAUUUAUGCAGCCCCCCAGGAUGUCAAGGCUCACACCUCCAUCCCCCUGCUGGGCUACCAGGUGAAGGAGCUGUCCCAGGGUGACUCACGCCACCUCUUUCAGCUGACCCAGUCCAAGCAGUCCUACAUGCUGGCAGCUGAGACAGAGGAGCUGAAGCAGCGAUGGAUGCAAAUCAUAAAACAGUCAGCCAGAGGCAACACUCAGGCUUUUGGCGAAGAUGAGGAGGACGAUGACUGGUUUGAUGAAGUGGAAUGACUGAAGCUCUUGGGAGUCAUGUUAUGAACUAAUGACUUCUGAUACUGUCCCCAGAUGCCUCCUGUCCUUCACUCCAAAGUGCAGGGCUGUCUAGUGGUUGUAGCAAGGGGGUGGAAGCUCCAGAGACCUAGGUGUCCCGUCCACCCAACCUACAACUUGUGCUGUAACCUUGGACAAGUCACUUGAGCCUUCUGUGCCAUGCCCCCCACCCUCCUGCCUCCAGACCAAAGGUUGGCAACCUCCAGUCAACAGGCUGGAUCUGGCUCAUGAGGUUGGAUCUAGCCUUUGAAGAUCCAGAUUGCCCUAGGGCAUUGCAAAGGAUCAGGCGGCCCACAGCUGUGCCAAGCUGCCCAUCCCCUCUGUAGCAUCCUCUCCUUCCCUGCUGCUCUCAUGCUUGCAUUUACCCCCUGCAUAGGGGCUGGGGAGCAGUGGUGAAAG